AUCGGGAAUGAUACAAAACAAGUCAAAAAAAUAAGUCCAAAAUGAAUUUCGUAAAUAAAGUUACGAUACUGAUUGUCAGCAUUCUUCUUAUUGCUAAAAUAGAAACAAUUGAUGCGGACAAAUACGAUGAAGAAGCCAGUAUAUACCUAAAAUAUACAAAUGAAAAAAGAUACAAAAGAUCAGAAAACGCAAUAGAGAAUUUCACCACAACUGAAGUAGCGCCACAUGAGAACACAACAGAAGAAUGUGUCGGACAAAAGGAAUUUUGCAACUUAUCACGAGAGGAAUACAUCACAAUGUUGAAUGACUACAUUUAUCCACACACGUACGAAUGGGUUCUGAUAGGCACGCACACCUUGGUAUUUAUCACGGGAUUGGUGGGGAAUGCUUUAGUGUGCGUUGCAGUGUACAGGAAUCACAGUAUGAGAACUGUCACGAACUAUUUUAUAGUGAACUUGGCUGUGGCGGACUUUAUGGUGAUUCUGUUUUGUUUGCCCGCUACCGUUCUGUGGGAUGUCACCGAGACGUGGUUCCUGGGAGAUGUGCUGUGCAAAAUGCUGCUCUAUUUUCAGUCAGUAUCAGUGACGGUGUCAGUUCUGACGCUGACCUUCAUCUCCGUGGACCGCUGGUACGCCAUCUGCUUCCCGCUCAAGUUCAAGUCCACGACAGGACGCGCCAAGACCGCCAUCCUUAUCAUAUGGGCUUUGGCUUUGACAUUUAAUGCUCCAGAGCUGGUCGUUCUAACGACUGAGAAGUCAGUACCUCUACGCUUCGAGCUAGAGUACCUAGUCCAGUGCAUCGCGACCUGGUCUUCAAACAGCGACCUUGUGUGGCACAUCAUUAAAGUCAUUUUUAUUUACACACUUCCCCUACUGCUGAUGACCGUAGCGUAUUACCAAAUAGUGAAGGUACUAUGGCGGUCAGAGAAGAUACCGGGGCAAGCAGAAACUAUUAAGUUGGCGCCUGCUGAACAAACUCAACUGCGUUCCAGGAGGAAGGCAGCCAAGAUGUUGGUGGCUGUUGUCGUCAUGUUUGCAGUUUGUUACUUCCCUGUCCAUCUCCUUUCAGUGCUCAGGUACACCCUUGACAUGGAACAAUCAGAUGUGAUCACCUGUCUUGCUCUGAUCUCCCAUGUGAUGUGCUACGCUAAUUCUGCCAUCAAUCCUUUGAUCUACAACUUCAUGAGUGGAAAAUUCCGUCGUGAAUUCCGUCGGGCGUUCUGCUGCUCUACAGCCAGCGAUUUAGAAACCUUCACAACGUUGACCCGUAUCACGACCUCAAAAAAGCGACCUUGCGACCUUAUGACCUUCGACACGAAGGCCCAAGGUCGAAACGUGUGUAACACUACCUUUAUUCACAAUAGUUAUAAGGACAGGUAUAUACUAACAUAAUUCUUUAUUUAUUUGGUCAUUAAAGUAAUUUUAAGUGGAUAAUAAUUUAAAUUCUACAUUAUGUAUAAGUAAUUAUAACAGUAAGUAUAAAUAGUGAGACAUACUAAAUUAAUUGAUAAUA